AUGCAGGAGGCAGUCUACAACCCUAGCUUGGUCACCUUGCGGGUCGAGUUCCCGCCGAAUGGUUCAACUCCUCACCGACACGGAGGCGCCUCAGUGGGAGCAUUUGUCCUCAAGGGUAAUCUACUGAACAAAAUGAACGAUGACCUGAUGAAAUUCAUCACUGAGGGCGAGUCUUGGUUUGAGGCGCCGGGAUGCCAUCAUCGCAUCAGUGAUAACGCCAGUGAGACUGAACCGGCGACGUUGAUUGCGACUCUGGUGACAGAUACCGAUAAGUUUGACAAGGAUGGAAUGGCUGCUCUUAUUCAGAUUGACGAGGAAUAUAAUUGA